AUGGGUUUUUUUAAUUAAAAAAUAUAUCAUUUAUAUUAAAAAAGGGAUAUAAAUAAUUACAUAAUAUAAUAUAAAAUCGGUGAAGGAAAAUUUUCAGAUGUUUAUAAAGGUUAUAAUAUAAAGGAAAAAGAUAAACCUGUAGCAAUAAAAAUAUUAAGACCAAAUGAUUUUUAGAAAAUAUAUAAUGAGAUAAUAAUUCUUUAAUAAAUAUAAAAUAUAUAAAACGCCUUAAAAUUAAUUGAAGUUGUUAUACAUAAAGAAACUUUAGUUCCUUAUAAAAUAAUACCAAGAUUAAAUGAAAGAGAUAUAAGAUUUUAUUCAUAUAUACUUUUGGAAACAAUUUAGAAAAUUCAUUAAUUAGGUAUUAUACAUAGAGAUAUUAAAUUUGAAAAUAUUAUAAUAAAUCAUGAAAAAAGAAAAUUAAGAAUAGUAGAUUGGGGACUCUCUUCAAAAUAUUAACCAGAAAGGCUAAUGAAUAAUAGAGUCGGUACUGUUGCCUUUAGAGCUCCUGAAAUGCUAAUAUAAUAAAAUUUUGAAGGACAUUUUAGUCCUGCUAUAGAUAUUUGGGCGGCUGGUGUAUGUAUAAGUGGAAUGUGUAGAAAAACUAAUAAUGUGUUAUAAUGA